CGCCAUUGUGCGUGCUCGGUCAUGCGACACGCCUAAGGGUCACAGAACACAGUCGACUGGAAACAGGUACGAACGGUGACAAUCUGCCUCGUCUCCACACUUUUCGUUUCGGACCAAGCCCCCCUGCCAUUACCUCGCGUUUGUCGGAUUGAGAAACACAACCAUCGUCCAGCCAUGGGGGACAGAAUGUGUGCCAAAGUCAUGAUGGCUUUAGCUACCAUCAUGCUUCCGAUUGUGAUUGUGUUCAUGGCAGUGUCGUUUGCUACAGACUAUUGGCUUGUAUACACGGUAGACAGGACGAUCCUCAGGGCUUCCGACAACGCCUUAUAUACUAGUUCUGCCACAAAUUUGGCUGAUGGCAAAUAUUCCCACACCAGGAGGAAUGGUCUUUUCAGAACCUGUUACCCUGGUAACGACACACAGUUCCUGGAUGGAGCUGCCAAUUUGUUGGACCAGCACUGUUUCCAUUUGUCGUAUGACAUGCCGCAAAGUACCAGUUCUUACACCGAGAACUACAUCACGAGGAUCCAUCUGAUCCGAUGCUGGUUGGCCUUUUUCAUCCUGGCCCUAGUGGCCUUCCUUACAGCCUUUGUGUUCGGCCUGAUCCUAAUCUGUGUAAUACGUCACAAAGCGCGCUGGGCCUAUUUCGCCUCCCUCUUCUCCUUUAUUGCAGCGUUUUCCUGUGCUGCAUCAAUUGCUUUCUUCCACGGCGCUGAGUACAUGGAGAAGAACAAGAUCUCGGACGCUUCUGCCCACUUCCCCUUCACAUGGACGGCUCCCCUGACGAAUGCCACUGCUCGUUCCUAUGGUUACUCCUACAUACUUGGAUGGGUCGGUGCGGUUAUGGCUGGUCUGACUGCAAGCUUCUACGCCAUUGCUGGAUGCCACUUCGAUGAUAGUUCCUACGAGAGGAAAGAGCCGGUCGCUAAGGAUGUCUACGUUCAGCCCGAGAAUGGCUACUACCCGUCCGGCUACAACUAUGGUUAUUCCGGGUAUGGUGGACAAGAAAUGUACGCCCAACAGCCCUACAUGGUCCAACAACCGCGCUACCUACCUGUGACCUACGGCGACCCCUACUGGUCCGCCAAGUAGAAACAACAUCAAACCAUUAUAUGCAUCUUACAGGUGACAAAGACGGCCGGACCUUAUUUUGAGGGAAGCUAGCUGUUGAAGCUUAUCCUAAAUUUACUAUCAUAAUCCAAAUUUGCUAGCAUGGAUGCUUCCACGAAAUGCAUAAUGUCUUCAAAUGACGUCAUACUUUAAAAAAAAAGGGGGGGAUGUGAUCAAUUGAGUCAAAGUCCCAGUAUUUCUGUUAAUUGUUUUCAGAUGGUAGAUUUAGAAAUUUAUAUAUAUAUUAUUGUGUUCAUAUUUUUCAUCUUCAUCUUAUUAAGAUACUCAUUCAACUAGAACGGUUGUACCAAUGUGCUUGGAAGAGAUUUGUGCGUUUGUAUACACAAGAUUUUAUUAAAGAGAUUGUAAUUUUCUCUCGAUACUUCUCAGAAAUAUAAAACUACUAACAUGUAGGUAUACAUUCCAUAACUUAACCCAGGGUAUACCGAAGUUGGCCUCUGAGAAUUAUUGCCAAAAUGUUGACCAAUAUUUGGUUCAAAAGAGACCGACGCGAAAAUGACUGUCCGGAACUGGGAGACCGGAACCGGAAGUAACAUUUGUACCCUUCUCUAUUUACGCAACCAUGUUCAUUGCAUCAAGUCUCACUAUAUUCGAUGUACAUAUAAUAUAGAAAUGUAUAUACCCAAUUAUGUUUUUAUAUAGAUUAUACAAAAAAAAAAGUAUAUAUGUUUUCCGUUCUGAACAAGACAUUUCAUGUUUUGGUAGUUUGAAUUUAUUCAAAUCUACAGCGUUAUUUUUACAUCACUAUUAUUCUAUGGGGGUAAUUCUUUUACAAUGAAAGUGUAGUUUGUUUACGAUUUAAGUCUCCAGCAUAAACGCCUUAAUAGUAGCUAUCCAUGCAAAGCUUACUAUUAAUACAAAUUUUAUUGUUAACAUAUUAAAAUGUUCAGAAUCGUCUCUCAAUAAAAAAAUAAAAUAAAUUGAUGGGCAUAAUUUUGUAACCUUGUGAUGAUUUAACUUGAAAUACGUAAUAUUUGACUAACAAAUUAAAAAAAAUCCAUUGACCAUGUGACAAGAACAACAUGUCCGUUUUGCAAAUAUAUACCUUGUACAAA